GUUGGCCUUGAUUGAUUCCUGGGGUUUGAGUGUUGACAAAGUGCAUGAGAGGACUUUGGGGACUAUUGGAGAUCAUUUGGGGAGACUCAAGAAGAUGUUUAAGGCAAGAAGAAGGUUGGGAACCCUAAUUCAAAUGACAUUGAGAAGCAUGAGGGUCGUCCUAGAGAUGGUGAUUAUGGUGGAGCCAAAGAUACAGCCGGAGAUGCUAUUUCUUGUUAGGAUAACUAGCCAAGGAUAUCAUAGGAGCUUGAGUGUUUUCUUUUCAUCUCAAUGA